AUGCCGAAAGGACAGCAACGAAAAAUUAAAGGUGCAAUAUGUAAUGUACCAGUUGAAUGUAGUCAAACAUGUAAUGUUCUUCCCAGACCACCUGACAGAUCUGGCAUAAUUUUACUUAAAUUAAAAAGGAAACUUCAGUUUAGAGGUCAUGUUUACUUUCAAGCAGUUCGCCCUCAGUUUGUAAUUAGUGCAUUAAACUGGCUUAUAGCAAACAAUCCAUUAUAUAGAAACAUUGAAAUUCAAUGUGGCAACAUUAGCCCAGAGUUGACUAAUUUGAACUCUUUUGUUACAGAUCAAGAAAAUGUAGACGAGCAUUUGCAAACUAAUGUAAAUAGAGAGCAGCUUGAUCAAGAUGCUGAAGAACAAGAUGAUCCAUUAAAUGAAUACCGUUCACCUGCAAGUGAAACUUGUCUUCAGUCGAUUUUGCCAAAUUAUCCUGUUAAUCUGGAGAAUACUGACAGUAAUAAUUCAACUGGAAGAGAAGUUUUCAACAUUGCACCUGGUGAAGGUAAACACCCUGUAUCAAUAAUGACUGAUAAACUUUGUGAGGAACUUUCAUUUCCAGUUCUCUUUCCGAAGGGGAGAUUUGGAUACACUGCUGAACGAGGUAUAAAAUUAUCUCCAAUAAAAUAUUUCAAUGCUAGGCUAUUGCAUCAUAGUGGAAAAUUUGCAACCAAUCCAGAGUAUCGUUUUUUUGCACAGUUUAUCAUGGAGCAGAAAAAGAUCUCUGAUAGUAUAAAUAUCGCUCUUAAAAAAGUACAUGGCCAAUCAGUCACAGCAUCACAAGUAAAAUCAAACAGUCAAGCUUUUCAAAAUCUUCUUUUGCAAGAUCAAGCAUAUUUGUUUUUACGACAAAUUCCUGGCUCACCUCCUUACUGCCAAAAAUUUAUGUAUGAGGUGGUAGCAAUGGUUAAACAGCUGGGAAUACCAACAUGGUUUAUGAUGCUUUGA